AUGAGCCGACCCCGCCGUGACUUUGCCCUUCCUUCCAGCUAUGCUUUCCUCAGACCCGUCAUCCUGCAGGGCCUCACAGACAACACGAGCUUCCGGGCCCUGUGCUCCCGCGAAAAGCUGUUGGCCUUGUUUGGGGACAGCGUGGUAAGGCUGAGCACAGCCAACACCUUCUCCUACCAGAAAGUGGACAUGCUCUUCCAAGAGUAUGUGGAGCAGCUGCUACACCCCCAAGACCCCGCCUCCCUGGGCAAUGAUACCCUAUACUUCUUUGGGGACAACAACUUCACUGAAUGGGCGCCUCUCCUCCGGCACUACUCCCCACCCCCCUUUGGUCUGCUGGGCACCACCCCUGCUUACAGCUUUGGAGUAGCAGGAGCCGGUUCUGGUGUGCCCUUCCAUUGGCAUGGGCCCGGGUUCUCUGAGGUCAUCUACGGCCGCAAGCGCUGGUUCCUGUAUCCCCCAGAGAAGACGCCUGAGUUCCACCCCAACAAGACCACGCUGGCCUGGCUCCAGGACACAUAUCCCCAGCUGGCAUCCUCUGAUCGGCCCCUGGAAUGUACCAUCCAGGCUGGAGAGGUGCUGUAUUUUCCUGACCGGUGGUGGCAUGCCACCCUUAACCUGGACACCAGUGUCUUCAUCUCUACCUUCCUGGGGUAG